UUCCAAUCUAUGCAACUUAGGCACUAUCAUUUUGUCUUCCAACGAUUAACAAUGACAAACUCUAAGUCCCUAAUUGUCUUCUUUUCUCUCCAAGCCAUGGUUGUUAUGAUUUCAAUAAUACCAUCGAGCCACUGCAGAACCUUGCAUCGAAACGAUGAAAGGCUGAUAGAGAGCACUUGCAAGAAGACACCCAACUACAAUGUUUGCCUUCAAUAUCUCAAGGCAAGCCCUGAGAGCUCCAGUGCUGACGUCACAGGGCUGGCUCUGAUCAUGGUCAAAGUGAUUAAGGCAAAGGCAAACGAUGCCUUAAAAAUAAUUCAUGAGUUGCAAAGGGUUGGAUCAGGGCCUAAGCAAAGGAAAGCCUUGAGUUCUUGUGCUGACAAAUACAAAGCAAUUUUAAUUGCUGAUGUGCCACAAGCCACUGAAGCUCUGCAGAAGGGGGACCCCAAGUUUGCUGAAGAUGGGGCUAAUGAUGCUGCCAAUGAGGCUACGUAUUGUGAGAAUGAAUUCUCUGGGAAAUCACCCCUCACCAAACAGAACAAUGCUAUGCAUGAUGUUGCAGCUGUCACAGCGGCUAUUGUCAGAUUGUUGCUCUAGUUGCUCAAAUGAAACCUAUGCUUCAUUCUUGGAACUUGUGUUAACUUUUAUUCAAAAAUGCUGUCUAAUUUAGUGCUGUUAUAGAAUGUUAUGUUUAGUAACAUACUUGAUCUUUAAUCACUUUCUGAUUUUCAUUGAGAUUUGGAAAGUUUCAUUUCCUUUUGCUAAAUGUUUUUAAAAUGGUUCGCGACCCGAAUUACAUGCUUGUAACAUCAAGAUUUGCAGAAUAUCCAUAACUAUAUUGUCAUUGCAA